UUAGUACGUUCCUGCACGCUGUUUAUUUUGAAAAUCUUAGCCGGAAGUAGCACAACUUCUUGUUAUGCUAGUUUAACAGUGAAGUGGAGGCUGGUGGACAGAAACUUCUCCGGACGCACCAUCUUCACACGGUGACCCCGGUUCUGUGAGGGGAGUGAGGACUCUAAAUGUCCGUGUGAGGGUCCUCAGACACCGGGCUGCUCACUUCACCGACCCGCUCUGAUUUUUACAGCCACUGUUAGCCUGCGGAUGCUAACUUCAGCUAGCCCGGAGCUACCGUAGUUAGCUUCCAACUCGCCACACAGCGGGAGGACAACACAGAAGUCCUGCUGGUUUUUCUCUGUUUUUAUUGUCCCAGCGGGGCGACACCGUGACAGUGAAGGAUGUGGAGGGUAACUUUACAGGCGUUUGGUGUUUUGCUCUUGGCCUGGUUCUUCGGGAACUUUGUUCUGGGCUGGUUUCAGCAAAACAACGUAAAACCCCAAACCCAGCACAGCGAGCAUCCGAGCGGAGCGUCGGACCCGGACCAGAGCUGCCUGUGUCAUCUCACCGGCGUCCUGGACGACUGCUUCUGUGACGUGGAGAGCAUCGACGUCUUCAACAACUUCAAGAUCUACCCUCGCAUCAAGAAGCUGACAGAGAGAGACUACUUCAGAUACUACAGAGUGAACCUGAAGCGACCGUGUCCUUUCUGGCCUGAUGACGGACACUGCUCCAUCAAAGACUGUCACGUGGAGCCCUGCCCUGAGAGUAAGAUCCCUGUCGGCAUCAAGUCUGGGAACUACAACAAGGUGAGAGCACCUGACGGAAUCAGAAACAUCCUCUGCUACGACCUGCUGUUUGUUUCCA